AUGGUGCCUCACGAGGAGCAGGCAGAUGGGCCUGGCGAAAGAGCUGAGGCAAUCGAGGAAGGUGGCAAAGAGUGGCCUCUUCUAUCGCCAGUCUUCGCCCUUGGCGCCGAUGUCAGCAUCCGCACCCCCGUCCACUAUUUGGACGGUCACCGCGUCCUGUAUGCGGUCGGCUGCCAGGUGGCACUCCUUGACCACGAGCAGCAUUCAAUGCACUUUUUGCCGGACCUGAGGGGCGCCAAGAUCACGUGCUUGGCGCUGGCGUACAAUCGCAAGUACGUGGCAGUGGUGGAGAAGGGGGCCGCCGAUGAGGGAGCUCAGAUCUCUAUCUACGGUAACCAGGGCAAGUGGAAGCGGGUCAGGACCAUAACCCUGACUGCGGAGGUGUGCCCUUCCAAGGACGUAACCUGCCUGUCGUUCAGUUCGGACAACAAGUACCUGGUUACCGUUGGGGGCGACCCGGAUUGGACUCUGCUGUAUUGGCGAUGGGCGUCUGGGAAGGUCGUGGGUUCGUACAAGAUUGGGAAUGCCAAAGAUGACCCGACGGUGAAACGGCUGUACUGCAAUCCUUGGGAGCAUAGCACCGUCGCGGCCAGUGGCCCAAAAGAGCUUCGGAUUUUCAAGCUCCCAAAGGAAGAGUCGGCGGUCAAAGUCACGCAGCCGACGUUCGUGGUAAAGGGCGAAGCGCCACGCUUCAAAGGGGAGAUUACGGACCACGUUUGGCUGGAGCCAGAGAGCCUGGCCUUCAGCACUGACGUCGGCUCCGUCGUCAUCGUGAGCCGCGACGCCGUGGCGGCGACGUUCGAAACCCCAAACCCCUGCACCAUCACCGCGCUCGCGCGCGUCGGCAAGGGUUUCCUGGCCGCGGACCGGCGCGGCCGCUGCAACCUGUUCGAGCUGGUGGUGUCGGACAGUGGGAAGCCGUCCUACGUCGCUUCGAGCUCCUACCACGCUCUCAAGGAUGGCCAGAGCAUCCGCAGCCUGCGGAUGAGCCCCCUGGAGGAGCAGGCGGCAUGCGCGCUCGAUUCCGGGAACCUCGCGAUGCUGACCGUCGCGGGGCCGUCGGUGGCGGACUGGGCCUUCUCGUUGCUUUACCGGGGCUUCCACCAGGGGCCCUCAUACGGUGUCGACGUGGCGCUCCAGCGGCCGUUGAUCGCCACCUUUGGCAUGGAUCAGACCGUUCGCAUUUGGAACUUCGUGGACCGGCAGUGCGUGCUGGCGAAGCAACUAGAGGAGGACGUUUUCUGCCUUGCGCUCCACCCGUCCGGACUGUCCGUAGUGUUGGGGUUCCGUGACAAGCUGCGCCUUUUUCACGUACUUGCGGACGAUCUGCUGCUCGUCCGGGAGUUUCACAUGCCGGGUUGUAAACAGGUCUCCUUCAGUCACAGCGGUCACCUCUUUGUUGCUUCCAACGCCACCACCAGCCAGGUGUUCAACGCGUAUACGUCGACAACCGUGGGCACCCUACGUGGCCACACGGCAGCCGUCCGAUCCGCCUCCUGGGCGGCCAACGAUCAACGGCUCGUGACCGUCGGAUUGGACGGAGCAGCGUAUGAGUGGAAGAUGGACAGCUACGCGCGCGACCAGAGCACGGAAAACGUCGUCAAAAGCGUACAGUACUCUUGCGUCGCAUACGGCCGGCCCGGCGGCCCCCCCUUCUACGUCACCGCCGGACGCGACAAGAUCUGCCGGCUGCGGCACAUGAUCAACGGCGCCUGCGAGCACGAGAUCAAGAUCGACGGCUGUCAGAUCACGGCGCUCGCGCUGGUGGAUCACAACAAAACGCUGCUCGCCGCGACGGACGAAGGCGCGGUCCGGGUUUACCCAUGGUUUGGGAACAAGCACCCCGGGGAGUGGUCGGGGGAGAAGCCCGGGCGGUUCGAGGAGCUGCGGCUGCACCAGGGUGCCAUUACAUCCAUGUGCGUCUCCCCCGACCAGUCCUUCCUCUUCACCACCGGGGAGGACGGCUCCGUCUUCACGUGCGACAUCCGGACGGAAGCGGAACGCUCCGCUCCGCCGCGGAGUUCCGGCGAGCGGUGGGCGUUCGGACCGGACGCGUGCCUGGUGAACCGGGAGGACUGGCGAGAAGUCGUCGGAUCGGUGGACGAUCUGAAGGGGCAGAUCGAGUCAUUGCAACGGCGGAUGGAGUACCAGAGCAUGGUGCAGGAGAACAAGCGGAAGGAGCAGGUGGCAGCCGCCGAAGCCGAGACGGAAGCGGUGAAACGAUCCGCCGAGAAAUCCAUUGACGAUGUGAAGGAGGCAACGGAACGGCUAAAGGAGGACCACGCGCGGCAGCUGCGCCUGCUCAAGGACGCGCAGCUCAAAACCUCGGCGCACGUGGAGGCCGAGCACGCGGCCGCGCUCGAGAAGGCCGCCGAACGGCUCGCGCGAGCCCAGGGCGAGCUGGAGGAGGAGCGCGCGGCGGCCGUGCGCGCGAUUGAGGGCGGCCGCGCGCGCGCCGCGCAGGAUAUCGCGGCUCUGAAGGAGGACCUCGACGCGGAGAAGGCGCGCGCGCGCGCGCAGGUUGAGGACGCGCGGCGGCUCGCGGAGGAGGCGCGGCGCGAGGCGGAGGAGCGGAGGAAACAGCUGGACGAAGAAUUCGAGAUAGUGGCUAACCGGAACGAUCUCCGGCGGGAUGAGCAGCGGAUCGAGGCGGAACGGAAGGAGUCCGAGCUGCGCGCGCGCACGAGCAUUGUGCGCCGCGACCUCGACGGCGCGCUGCUCGCGAAGAGGAUCGCGCAGGACGAGCUGGCCAAGCGGGAGGAGGAUCUCGCGAGCGCGCGCGCGCAGCUGCAGGACGCGGCCGCGAAGCACCAGUCGCUGCUCGCGGUGCUGGCGGAGCGGGAACAGUCGCUGCACACCAUGGAGCAAACCCUGCACCGCAUUCGCAGCGCCAACAAAGACUUGGAGGUCCACAAGUAUUUAGCCGACCACAAGUUGCGCGACGCCCACUUAUCCGUCGCGCCUCGAGAAGCCGAGCUUGCCCGGUUGAAGGAGGAACUAGAGGCGCGAGACGAGGAACUGCAGAAGAGCGUUUUGGAGCAAGACAAUCAGAGAGUGGCCAUACGAGAUCAGGUGGAACGGCUCGCGGGGCUUAAGAAGGAGGCGGCCGCGCUGCACGCGACGGUGAAAGCACGGGAAUCGGUUAUCGCCCACUUCGAGCACGAUUUGUCGAUGGCCAUGACGGAAGCGGACCCCGAGGCGAAGGAGCGGCGAUUGCGUGCGCUGUACGAAAAGCACUGCGGACAUAAGAAGGAUGGGGACGAUGACGUCAGCCCCGAGGCUAUCGCCGAGAUGCGCCGGCAGCGGACGUAUUUGGAGCACACUUCCAAGUACCAGCAGAAGGGCGCGGAGAGCGCGGAGAAGAGGUAUGCGCGCGCGAUGCGGAAGGCGCGCGACGAGAACCAGCUGCUGCUGUCGGAGAACAUGGACCUGCGCCAGGACAAGAAGGCGCUCGCGCACCAGCUGCAAACGUUGGAAGAGAAGAUCAAACUCCACCCUCAGCUCUUCAACCCCCACGAAAGUCCCCGGUCGCACACGGAACCCUCAUCUAAACCCUCCCUAACCCCCCGGGUGGGCUCCGCACGAGUGCCCCGCUUCACACCCGCAGCGUUAGCAGCAGCAAUUGCGGUUAGGGAAGGGUUAGGAUCAGCCUCCUCAACCUCGCGCAGCGGGCGCGUGGUUAAGGGCAGCGUUAGCCGUUCGCUUGUAUAUAACAACGCUGUGGACGAGCUCGAAGACGAUAACUAUACGGGGUUAAGCGCCCGGUCAAGCGGCGGGUCAAGCAGACCCGCGACGAGCCGGGAGGGCGUGAUCGAAGCGCAGCGGAAGGAGAUUGCGCGACUGAGGGAAAAGCUGAAAAGUGCACAUCGGGGGAGCUUAACCGAGAGCGAAAUUGUAGAGGACGAGGAAAAUGGAGGGGCACCGUCGAGCUUAGAACUAGAGGGGGCGGAGGCUAGUGCCAAAGAAGGGUCGGUUAUUAGAACUGGGGCACAGACGGCGAGAGAGUGGACGCCGGCAGAAGGCGAUGGGAGAAGGAAAAGUUUCAGGGCUGUUGGACUGCAACCAGAGUUACUGAUCCCGCUUCUUGACAUAAAAGUUGUUGCUUCCGGGGGGGUAAACUCUGGUGUUCAAACGGCGCGGCCCUCGACAAGUCGGUUGCCAAGCAGAAAACCGGGGGAUAGCGUCUUGGAUGGAAACACGGAAGGGGGGGUAAGGGUUUCGAGGAAAUUGGCGAUCGGAGGGGGCUUCUUGACUAGUCGACGGCCGUCAAAUAGCACGCAAGCGCAGCACGGGGAUGGGUUGGUGGGAAAAGCCGCGACAGAGCGGCGGAAAAGCAUGCCUGACAUCAAAAGAUUCUUAUAA